ACCACAUUAUCAGGAUCAAAACCCAACCACCCUAUCAUUCCAUAUUUGAAUUGCUCUCAAGCUUUCCCUUUUCUGGAAAUUAAUAAUAAAUAAAUCAUUUCUCAUCAUAGAGCAAGUAUACAGCAGGUAGAAUUCAAUUAAUUAAUUAACUAAUUAAUUAAUUAAUUAUGCUAAUAAUGUACUAACCACAUGACAUCAUGCACAAUAUUCCACACCUACUGUGCAUUCAUAACCCAUAUAAAUACACACACCAAUCUCAUCCUACAUAUUCAUAUCCAACACUAAUUCUUGAUACACAUACAUAAUUCCCAUUUUGUUUUUUUAAUAUAUAUAAUCUUGAAAAUUUUGUAUAAUUUAAUAUAAUUAUAAAAUGGCUGGCAUUAUUCAACUCGGCGAAAAGAAUCCAAAGGCUGGAGUGAACCGUGGAGUAGCGGUGGUCGAUUUCUUUCUAAGAAUCGUUGCGAUUAUUGCUACCUUAGCAAGUGCUAUUUCUAUGGGUACAACCGACGAAUCUCUACCCUUUUUCACUCAGUUCAUCAGGUUUCGAGCCAAGUACAACGAUCUCCCAACUUUCACGUUUUUCGUAGUGGCGAAUUCAAUAGUAAGCGCGUACCUAGUACUUUCUCUAGCACUGUCCAUCUCCCACAUCAUAAGAAGUGGCUCGCGUAACAGUAGAGUCGUCUUGAUUAUUUUCGACACGGCAAUGCUGGCGCUAUUGACAUCUGGCGCAUCAGCAGCAGCAGCGAUAGUGUACUUGGCGCACAAGGGGAACACGAAGACCAACUGGUUUGCGAUUUGCCAACAGUACAAUUCCUUCUGCGAACGAACUUCCGGUUCUUUGAUCGGUUCUUUUGGAGCGAUGGUCGUUUUCAUACUACUCAUACUCAUGUCAGCUGUUUCUCUGUCAAGGCGACAUUGAUUUCAAAUUAUUGUAUAUAUAUAUGUGUUU